AUGUGGGAUAUACACAAGCCAGCUAGGGAGUUCAAUCGCACGUGGGGGUACAUCGAGAAUUGCCGUGAUAAACUUCGGUUCGAGUCGUACGUUGAGAUUGAAUUAGGGGGGGGGGAGCUAUAUCAAAAAGUUCCCGAUGACCCCGUAAAGCACAUGAGAGGGGUAAAUGAGGAAAACGGAGAAGAAAAUAACAAGGGAUGA